AUGUCUCCUCCCUCCCCACACUCGUCUUUCAAACCCCUCAACCACAACAUCUCCCAAAUCCGAGCCGUCAUCCCACCGCGUUUAUUCGAACGUGACACGAGGACGAGUCUGUUUUACCUAGUUCGGGACCUGAUACAAAUUUUGGUGCUUGGGUUUGGGAUUUAUUGGUUCGAUUCGUUAUUGGCUGAGGAAGGGAAGGGUGCGGGUUGGUGGGUUUUGAGGAGUCUGCUCUGGGCAGGGUACUGGUGGUUCCAGGGGCUCGCGCUCACCGGUCUCUGGGUCCUCGGACACGAAUGCGGCCACGCAGCAUUCUCGCCCUCUCAACCCCUCAACGACGCCCUCGGUUUCGUGAUCCACACGGCGCUGUGGACUCCUUACUUCAGCUGGAGCAUUUCGCAUCAUCGGCAUCAUGCGAAUCAUGGGAGUAUGGAGAGGGAUGAGGUGUAUGUCCCGAAGACGCGAAGCGAUCUCGGUAUCCCACCAGAACCGCGACCCCAAUCUGACGGUCACGCCUCCACCACCUCCCCAAUAAACUACGCCGAAUACUUUGAAGACACGCCCCUCUACACUCUAGCUAUGCUCCUCCGUCAACAACUGUUUGCGUUUCCGGUUUAUUUGCUGUGGAACGUGUCUGGGCAGAAGGGCUACCCGAACUGGACGAAUCACUUUGAUCCCCGCUCCAUCCUCUUCCGCCCCUCCCAGUUCUGGGCCGUCAUCGUCUCCGAUCUCGGGAUCGGCACCAUGGUCCUCCUCAUGGUUAAGCUUUAUAAGACAUUUGGAGGAUGGAACGUGUUGUGGUAUUAUGGGAUACCAUGGCUGGGUGUUACGCACUGGUUCGUUAUGAUUACUUAUCUGCACCACACGACGCCCUACAUCCCGCAUUAUAGAGCCGGCGCGUGGACGUUCGUGAGGGGCGCCGCUGCGACGGUCGAUAGAGAUUUCUUGGGAUGGCAGGGGCGGUGGUUCUUGCAUGAUGUCGCACAUUUUCAUGUGAUACAUCAUUUCUUUCCGAAGUUGCCUUGGUACAAUGCCGAUCUUGCAACCUUCCAUCUCAAAGCACUCCUCGGCGACGCGUACCUAUAUUCCGAUGAGCCUGUCUUCCGGGCGUUGUGGCGGAGCUAUGUGGGGUGUCAGUUCGUUGAUGAUGAGGGCGACGUCUUGUUCUAUAGGGAUAGACGGGGCCGGUUCGGAGCUGGCAGGACGGAGUUGGAGAGCGUCAAGGUGGAAUGA